AUGCAAAAGACGCAAAUCAACUUUCUCCGCGGCUGGCCGGCCCCCGAGCUGCUGCCCGCCGCGCAGCUCGCGGCCGCCUGCCAGCGUGUGCUGCGCGCGGACGAGCCCGCGCUGUACACGCCGGUGCUCGAGUACGGCGCCGACGAGGGCUACGCGCCGCUGCGGCGCGGGCUGGCCGGCUGGCUCGCCCGGCACUACCGCCUGGCGCCGGACCCGAGCCGCCUGUGCAUCACCGGCGGCGCCAGCCAGAACCUCGCGUGCAUCCUGCAGAGCUUCAGCGACGCCGUGGCCACGCGCGCCGUCUGGGCCGUCGCGCCCGUCUACCACCUCGCCGUGCCCAUCUUUCGCGACGCCGGCUUCGGUGCGGGGCGCGUGCGGGCGACGCCCGAGGAUGACGACGGCGUCGACGUCGACGCGCUGGAGAGCAAGAUUCAGGCGCUGGAGCGGGAGGAAAAGGGGAAAGAUUUCGGCAAGCCCACCAAGCUGUCUCACCCAAAGCGCAAGUUUUACCGCCACUUGAUCUACGUCGUGCCGACAUGCGCCAACCCUUCUGGUAAAUCCAUGCCCUUCGCUCGUCGUGAGGCGUUGGUCAAGCUGGCGCGCAAGUACGACGCCCUCAUCAUCUGCGACGAUGUCUACGACUUCCUGCAGUGGCCGCUGCACGGCCCCGUCACCGUCGAGCGCCCGCCCGAGAUGAGCCUCCCGCGCCUGUGCGACAUUGACCUCGCCAUGCCGCGCGCAGAUGACGACCCUCGCGGCUUCGGCCACACGGUGAGCAACGGCUCCUUUAGCAAAAUCUCCGGCCCCGGCGUCCGCACCGGCUGGGCCGAGGCGUCGCCCGCCUUCGUGGCCGGCCUCGCCAGCACGGGAUCGACACGGUCCGGCGGCGCGCCGAGCCAGCUCUGCGCCGCCAUGCUCGCCGACAUGGUGGACAGCGGCGAGCUCGAGCGCAACAUCGACCAGGUCCUGCGCCCUGCGCUGCAGCGCCGCCAUCGCCUGCUGCUGGACGCGGUGCACAAGCGCCUGGCGCCCCACGGCAUCACGGCCCGCGAGUCCAGCCUGACGGGUGGCGCGUCCUUUGGCGGCUACUUUCUGUGGCUGGAGCUGCGGACGGGCUUCUCUGCGGAUCUGGUGGCGCAUGUGGCCAGCGAAGAGGAGAACGUCAUCAUUGGCUACGGCAACAUGUUUGCUGUGCAGGAGGAGGGGGAGGAGGCCAAGGCGGUCUUUGACGAUCACUUCCGGCUGUGCUUCUCGUGGCUGCCGGAGGAGGAAUUGGAAGAGGGCAUUCAGAGGCUGGAAAAGGUCUUGGUUCGAAUGGAGCAGAACAAGGAGCAGUACAAAGCUCUGGAGAAAUCCGUGGUAGGUAAAAAGGACAUGAAGCAGCACGUAUAG